UGUUUUUUGAAGAACGCAGAAGACUUGCCAGUUGUUUUGGACAAGACACCUCCACUUCCACUAGGUGUCCUCCUGCUCCUCCUGAGAAGAACCUCCCUUUUCUCCAGCUACAGCUGAGGAUGCACAUAUAGACCUCACUACCUGACACCCAACACCACCAUCGGAGCCAGAACACUUGGAAAAAUAUUUGAAGAACUACUUUGGUUUGUUUUCCCCUCCAGUAAUUUAAAAAAAAAAUUUUUUUAAGCUUUAAAUCCCUUCUUUUGGGGUUUAAACCAUGGCAAAUGUAGGAUUACAGCUUCUUGGUUUUGUGCUGGCCUUCCUGGGAUUCAUUGGCUCCGUAGUUGCAACAGUCAUGGUGGAGUGGAAAGCUUCAUCCUAUGCCGGAGACAAUAUCAUCACAGCGCAGGCGAUGUAUGAGGGACUGUGGAAAACCUGUGCAAUGCAGAGCACGGGUAAUAUCGUGUGUCAAGUGUACAACUCGAUCCUCCAACUACCAGCAAUUGUUGUGGGAACACGAGGGCUGAUGUUGGCCGACAUUUUGGUGUGUUUUGUCGCCAUCAUCGUGGCCACAGUGGGGAUGAAGUGUACCACCUGUCUGUCUAACGAACCGGAACUGAAGAGCAAAGUGGCUCUAGCUGGAGGGAUUUUAUUCAUCAUUGCUGGUCUGCUUGCUCUUGUGGGAACAUGUUGGUAUGGUCACAGAAUAGCACAGGACUUUUACAACCCGUUUACGCCUACGAAUGCCAGGUUUGAAUUUGGAAGUGCCCUGUUUAUUGGAUGGGGAGCUGCCUGUACCAUCAUUAUAGGUGGUGCUUUCAUCUGCUGUAGCCAUCCCAGAAAAAACUCAGGGAGACCUCACAACACACCUUCCCGUUCUACAGGCCAGCCAGGAAAGGACUAUGUCUAAGAGUAGGACCAGUCCUGUUCAUGUUUUCCAUCACUAACCUUUGUUUAAAUUUUUAUAAUGUGCAUAUUUCUAUGAUAUUUGUAUAUGGUGGGAAAUCAGUUCUUUGUUGGUACAUAGUAGUGGUUGAAAAUAACACUGGGUCAUUACGUUUGGAUGACCAGCAUUAUUUACACUUAAGUUUUGAAAACUUGUCCCAUAUGAAUAAAAUAGUUAUAUCAGUGUGUAAAAGAUGAACUCCACGUUCAAUCAUCAAGACUCAGGAGAGAAGAAAACAUUCAAGAUUUUAAUCUAUAGUGAUAUUGUAGAAAAUGUUAGAACAGUCUUUGGUGGAGGUCCCAGUCAUGACGGUGUAGGGGUACAUAGAUCUCGAAUCCUGCUGUUUGAUGAAGGCGGGGUUGAGCUUACCCCCAGGUAUCAGACAGAGACCAAUUGGUGGUGGGGUGGAGGACGUAGCAUUCAGGACAGCAACUGUAGGGAGUGGUGAGGUGACAUAGAAUUUACAUUUUUUAAUUAUGUGUAUGUUUCCUAUUGGUUGUGAGCUGAUGACUGAAAGGGGAGACCAGCUGGUUCUGAUUGGAGAUAUAGCUGCUACUGAUUAGGUGAAACUGAAUGAAGCUUUGAAAUCUGAGUCUUCCUGACAGAACGUAUGUUACAUUUAUCACUGAUGUACACAUAUGUACUGUAUAUAUCAUAAAGCAGUGGUUUUGUUUGCUGGGAUGUACUGUGUUGUAGAUUUUAAAUGUGCACUGUUAGACCUUUAUGUUUUUAUGUCAAAUUAAAAUAAUAAUAAAAAAAAUAGAUUAAUGUGUAAUAUCCUUAACACCACAGAGAAAAGCAUUUACGUUAUAUAAAAAAGCACUGUAAUCAUGGAAAAUACAUCUACCAUGUUUUAUAACUUUUGGAAAAUUGUAGCUAAGAUUUCAUGCAAUACUUUAAAGAAUGUUACCUUAUAUCCAUAACAUAUCAUAAGCAUCCCAAAGACAUAUCGUUAUCUUUGGCUGCUUUCAGUGAUGCCGGUAUUUGGUUAGACUCUUUCUCUCCGAUUGUUCUGUCUGAGUUAUUUUCAUUAGUUACUUCCUCCAAACCAUCA